AUGGCGUUUCGACCCGAAUUGGAGAAGGAAGUGGGGGCGCAACUCCCACAUCUUCAGCCGACUACGAGAUCACAACCACGCACAGUGGAAGACAGUGGUGAGAAACAAAGUCCUCUAGAUGCAUCAUCAUCAAAUACCUUGACGCCGAUGGUCACGAACCGCACUCAGCAACACAGUGGCCUUUCAAGCCUCCGCCCCACGAGGUCAUACACUGAUGGACACGGCUAUUUCAGCGAGCCGGACGCAGAAGGCGAAGAUGGCACGGAUGGACCGCAGGAUGUCGAACAGCAGGACGUCGAACUUCGGGAGAAAGGAUUCGAAGUCGCCUGGGAUGGCGCCGACGAUCCCAUGAACCCCAAGAAUCUCAAGCCGGGGAGGAAGUGGAUGAUUGUAAUUGUCCUGGCUUUUGGCGCACUGUGUGUCACGUGCACAUCGUCGUUGUAUACCAUUACUUAUGGACAAAUGAACGCUGAAUUUGGGACGACACGGUUCCAGGCGACGAUUGGGCUGGCGACAUUCGUCUUUGGCCUUGGGAUCGGCCCGAUGUUGUUGGGCCCUCUGUCCGAGUUUUAUGGUCGACGGCCCAUCUACAUCGUUGCGUACGUCUUCUUCACCACCUGGCUCAUUCCGUGUGCCGUCGCAAAGAAUCUCGCGACCAUGUUGGUUGCUCGAUUUUUCGAUGGUCUCGCGGGCAGUGCGUUCUUGUCAGUCGCCGGAGGGACCGUCGGUGACAUGUUUAAUCAUGAUCAACUUCAGGCGCCGAUGAUGAUAUACUCUGCGGCUCCGUUUCUAGGUCCGAGCAUCGGACCGAUCAUAGGUGGCUUUAUCAACCAAUAUGCCUCCUGGCGUUGGUCAUAUUAUGUCCUCCUCAUCUGGUCGGGCGUAAUGCUGUUGUGCAUGAUCUUCCUGAUCCCCGAGACAUACAUGCCUGUGGUGUUGAGGAACAAGGCAAGGCUGAUGAGGAAAGAAACGGGUGAACCCAGAUGGAAAGCACCCAUGGAAAUCCGUGAACGGUCGGUCACGAUGACUGUGCUCAGAUCUCUUUACCGGCCAUUUUUGUUGCUAUUCCUGGACCCGAUGUGUUUCAACUUGUGUUUGUUUUCCUCGAUCCUACUCGGCAUACUUUACCUGUUUUUCGGGGCCUUUAACCUUGUCUUCACAGAGAUUUAUGGUUUCGAUUUACAUCAAGUUGGUCUAUCGUUUGUUGGACUCCUUAUCGGGAUGAUACUGGGGAUCAGCUCCGACCCACUAUGGCAGCGAAAUUAUCUUCGACUGGUCCGGAACAACGAAAUCAAGACUGGAGAACUCAAGUCUGAGCCCGAGUUCCGACUUGCGCCCGCCGUCGUGGGAGCUCCGUUUUGCGUCGUGGGCCUCUUCUUAUUUGCCUGGACGAUCUAUCCCUCGGUACAUUGGAUUGUACCUGAGAUCGCCAUUGGGCUAUUUGGGUUUGGACUCAUCCUCGUCUUUUCCGGAGUGUUUACAUUUCUGGUGGAGGCGUACCCAUUGUAUGCAGCGAGUGCAUUGUCAGCCAACUCGUUUGCGCGGUCCAGUUUCGCGGGAGCUUUCCCUCUUUUUGGGGUUCAGAUGUAUCGGAAAUUGGACUUCCACUGGGCCACCACGCUUUUGGCCUUUUUGUGUCUCGUGAUGGCGCCUUUCCCGUAUAUAUUCUUCAUUUAUGGCAAGCGAUUGAGGGCCAGGAGUCGGUUCAGCACUGCCAAAGGGUGA